GCGGUGCCCUGUGAGACCAGAACCUCGACCGAAUAAAACAAUGCCUCGAAAGGCAAUUGAUUCGCGAAUCCCGGCGCUCAUCCGAAAUGGAGUCCAGGAGAAGAAGCGAAGUUUUUUCGUGGUCGUCGGUGACCGCGCAAAGGAGGCUAUUGUGCGUCUACACUGGGUCAUGUCUAGCGUAGACGUCAAGCAGAAUAAAUCCGUUCUCUGGGCUUACAAGAAGGAUCUCUUGGGCUUCACAAGUCAUCGCAAGAAGCGCGAGGCGAAGAUCAAGAGGGAAGUUAAGCGCGGAAUUCGUGAACCCAACGAGGAAGAUGCCUUUGAGCUGUUCGUUACCCUUAACCAGAUUCGUUACGUCUACUACAAAGAGACCGAGAAGAUUCUGGGAAACACCUAUGGCAUGUGUAUUCUCCAGGAUUUUGAGGCCAUCACCCCGAACCUGCUCGCCCGAACGAUUGAAACCGUCGAAGGUGGUGGUAUGGUUGUCCUGCUGUUGAAGGGCAUGAAGAGCUUGAAGCAACUCUACACACUAUCCAUGGACAUCCACUCGAGAUAUAGGACGGAAGCCCAUGAUGAUGUUGUUGCCCGAUUCAACGAGCGCUUCAUCCUUUCCCUCGGUAGCUGCGAUUCUUGCUUGGUUAUUGAUGACGAGAUGAACGUCUUGCCGAUUUCUGGAGGAAAGAAUGUCCAGCCCCUGCCCCCGCCGUCCGACUCGACCGAUACGGAAAACACAGGUACAACGAAGGAGCUGAAGCAAAUCAAGGAUAGCUUGGAAGAGUCUCCGUUGGUUGGGCCCUUGGUCAGCUUGGCCCGCACUGUUGACCAGGCCAAAGCGCUCCUGACCUUUGUUGACGCCAUUGCUGAGAAAACCCUGCGCAAUACGGUCACAUUAACUGCCGCACGAGGACGUGGAAAGUCCGCUGCCCUUGGUGUUGCCAUUGCUGCGGCUGUGGCUCAUGGAUAUAGCAAUAUUUUCAUUACUUCGCCGAGCCCCGAGAACUUGAAGACCUUGUUCGAAUUUAUCUUUAAGGGAUUCGAUGCUCUCGGCUAUCUCGACCAUGUCGACUACACCAUCCUCCAGUCCACCAACCCGGAUUUCAACAAAGCCAUUGUCCGAGUCAACAUCCACCGCCAGCACCGCCAAACCAUCCAGUACAUCCAGCCCCAGGAUGCCCAUGUGUUGGGGCAAGCCGAACUGCUGGUUAUCGAUGAAGCUGCCGCUAUUCCCCUCCCUCUCGUGCGCAAGCUGAUGGGCCCAUACCUGGUGUUCAUGGCUUCGACCAUCAACGGUUACGAAGGAACCGGCAGAUCCCUUUCUCUGAAGUUGAUCCAACAACUUCGCGAGCAGUCGCGAGGCGGUGCCAAGCUCUCGGGCCAGGAUGAAACCGAUGUUGCGGAUCGAGCGACAGGGAAGGCCGCGAAGAAUUCCGGUCCCGGCUUGGGCGGACGCUCUUUGAGAGAGAUCACUUUGUCCGAGCCGAUCCGAUAUGCCCCUGGCGACUCGGUGGAGAAGUGGUUGAAUAAGGUCUUGUGCCUUGACGCCACUUUGCCCAAGUCGAGGAUGAACACUCAGGGCUGCCCGCAUCCUUCCCAGUGCCAGCUUCUUCAGGUCAACCGCGACACCUUGUUCUCUUUCCACCCGGUCUCCGAGAAGUUUCUGCAGCAGAUGAUGGCCCUUUAUGUUGCUAGCCACUAUAAAAAUACCCCUAAUGACCUCCAACUUAUGAGCGAUGCCCCCGCACACCAACUGUAUGUGCUUGUCCCCCCCAUUGACGAAGACGCCACCAAACUUCCGGAACCUCUCUGUGUCGUCCAGGUUGCGCUGGAAGGUCGCAUUAGUCGACAAAGCGUUCUCAACAGUCUGAGUCGCGGUCAACGAGCGGGAGGUGAUUUGAUUCCCUGGCUUGUCAGCCAACAGUUCCAAGACGAAGACUUUGCUGGGCUUUCCGGCGCGAGGGUUGUCCGCAUUGCCACCAACCCCGAGUACCUGAACAUGGGCUAUGGAUCCCGCGCUCUGGAGCUCCUAGUCGACUUCUUCGAGGGUAAAUUCACCGAUCUUUCCGAAGACCUGGUGCAAUCGCAGGAGGAGAUGGUGAGGGUUACGGAUGAAGAGCUGACGAAUUCCAACCUCCUGGACGACAACAUUCACGUCCGUGAUAUUCGCUCCAUGCCCCCUCUCUUCGGCAAGCUGUCGGAGCGUCGUCCGGACGGCCUCGACUACCUUGGUGUCAGCUACGGCCUGACCCCCUCUCUUCACAAGUUCUGGAAGCGUUCUUCCUUUGUCCCCGUCUACCUCCGUCAAACCGCGAACGACCUGACUGGCGAGCACUCCUGCGUGAUGCUGCGGACCCUGGCCACGGGAGCCAAUGACGCCAGCUGGCUGGGUGCUUUCUCGCGCGAUUUCCACCGACGCUUCCUCUCCCUCCUCUCCUACCAAUUCCGCGUAUUCCCCUCCGUCCUCUCCCUCAGUAUUGGCGAAUCCGCCACCGCCGGCGCCAAACUCGACACAUCCUUAACCCCUGUCCCUCUCAGGAAAUCCGAGCUCGACGCCGCCUUCUCCCCCUUCGACCUCAAGCGCCUCGACAGCUAUGCAAACAACCUCCUCGAUUACCACGUGAUCCUUGACCUGGUCCCCGCCGUGGCAGAAUACUAUUUCUCCGGACGUCUCAACGGCAAAGUCAGUCUCUCAGGCGUGCAGCAAUCCAUCCUGCUCGCCAUCGGUCUGCAGCGCAAGACCCUCGAAGACGUCGAGAAGGAGCUCAGUCUCCCUUCGUCCCAGCUACUCGCUAUGUUCCUGAAGAUCAUGCGCAAGAUGUCGACGCACUUCCGCUCCCUCGUCGAAGGCGCGGUCGCCGAUACCCUCCCCUCUGAAAAAGUCCCCGUCUCCGCCUCUGCCCCGGAAGCACACGACGAAGCGGUAGCCGAUGAGCGCUUCAAGCCUCUCGAAACCAGUCUCGACGAUGAGCUCCGCGAGGGGGGGCAGCAGGUUAACGCCGAACUCCGAGAGAAGCAACGCGCCCUGAUUGAUGCUCUUCCUCUUGACAAAUACGAAAUUAACAACGGCCACGCAGGCUGGGAAGAAGCCGAGAAGCAAAUCCGUGCCGGCGGCGCCGCAACCGUCAGCGUGAAAACCUCCAAGCAGAGCAAGCGCAAGAAGGGCGACUCUGCGCGGGAAAUCUUCGACGAGGAGAUUGAGUCUAAGCGGCAGAAAAUGAUCCGAAAGGGAACCGAGGGCCGGAAGAAAAGAGGAUAGGAUAGGAUAAUGACAAGUACCAAUAGAUAGAUAGUACGGGCCUCUCUUUCUUUUCUUGCUUCUAUUUUUUUUUUUUUUUUUUUUUUUUGUUUUCCCCUCCCGAGG